CGCGGCGCGCUCCACUCCGUUCCGGCCGGCCGCGACUCGAGGUUGCACAAUUGUGCGCGCACGAGUUCCUCAGCGUGCUGUUUUCUCUCACCGGCGUUUCCACGCGUUCCUGACUACGAAGAGACCGCGAUUAUGGCUGCUGCUAACGCUGUGAAGAGGCUUAUUCCUCUUUUCGACCGAGUCCUCGUACAAAGGGCUGAGGCCAUAACCAAGACGAAAGGUGGCAUUGUACUCCCAGAGAAAGCACAAGCAAAGGUACUACGAGGUACCGUUGUGGCGAUAGGACCUGGAUCGAGGAAUGAUAAAGGCGAUCACGUGCCUUUGAGCGUCAAAAUCGGAGAUACUGUUUUACUUCCCGAAUAUGGCGGCACCAAAGUUGAGCUCGAGGACAACAAAGAGUAUCAUCUGUUCCGCGAGUCGGAUAUUUUAGCCAAAGUAGAAGCUUAAGGUUACUCGACUCUAAGUUACGUUCUUGAAGUUUUGUAAGUGCUACAAACCGUUCCUCCAACAGCUCGCGAGUUUACACACAGCAGAGUGUGCAGUCGUAUCGAAUAACUAAAGUUAGACACCUGACGGAAGGAACUUGUUAAAAGGAUUUGUUGCUGUUGGAGCGCCAUUAUUUCAACACAUGUACAUACAUCCUCUGAUAAAAUAAAGCAUUUGUCUACUGUA